AUGCCUGCUAAGAGAAAAAGGGCGAUCAGAGCGAACGAGGCCAAGCCUGUGAAGGCGAGACGUACCUCCGGAGGAGGCAUAGCCAGGUCUGAAGCUCUAGUCACAGCCCGCAAGCUUACCAUUCCGGUCGAUGGCGAACCUCCCGCAUGGGCAAAUUACCGUUCGGAGUUAGGUGAUACCCUUCCUUGGUUUCGAGCUGUCCAAGGCGGUAUAUAUCAUAAAGACGGCCUCUGCUGGGGAGUGCUCCUCGAUGCCGACUCGGGAGACCGCUGUUAUAUUGACGAAGAGGUGAUAAUAACAAGGAUUGGCGGCGGCUGUACUAAGGAUAAAGAUGGGAAAUUGACUCGCGUUAAAGAUCAAGACGCAAAUGAUACUAUGGUUAAAAGUCUCUUGAAUAGCAUGGAACAAAAGCUUCCUGUCGGUAUUAUAAUCGGACAGGGCAACACUGUACUGGAAACAAAAGUACCUCAUCCAUUUAAUGUUAUGGCCUACUUCCGCGUCUCGCAUGUCUGGUUCGAAAGGUGUGACGGGAAGAAUGGGGCGAAAGUGCGCUUUGAGAAGUUGGACCUCACGAGCAAGAGUUGGUGGGCGGUCAAGGGGUCGUCGCCGCCACCACCUCGUGAAGAGCGCGAUUUCAAAAACAGGCCAGAGUCAGUCCAGUGCGGCGCAUGUACUUGCACUAGUUUUCGGAUCUAUAACGAAGGAUGGAUGUGCCUCGAGCCAUCCUGUGAGCAAUUCUUUAGGGUUGAAAGAUUGGAGGCUCCUGCCAUCCUGACUUACGACCAGAGGUUUCUGGACUAUCGAUUGCACCCAGAUGACACCGUUCAGCCUCAUCAUAGUCUGAUUCCAGACUUACUCAGCACCUUGAAUGAGGAUGAUUCGGAUGUGAGCACCAUAAGGGUAGCCUGGAAAGGAGUUGUGUGUCCCCAGUGCCGCAAAUGCAUAUCACGGAAGCUUUGGAGGGGAUGGAAGUGCAGCGAUGAUACCACCCCUACCCCAGGGCACCCGCACCAUACUUGUACGUUUCAGAAGAUGCUGAGAAUGCACCCCGUUCCAUUGCGCUCUGUGAUCGAUUCUCUCGAAAUUUCUCCUCAGAAGCGAGCUCUCAUACCUGACAAAACUGUCAUGACCCCACACGUGGAUGAUGUCUCUUUGGCUCCGUACAGGAUGCUAGUAUAUACCCUCCCGGGAGUCGGGCAUAUUACGCACCUUGUGUCAAACAGAACAAUAAAUAGCCGGCCUGAUGGGCCAGACAUAAUGUUUCAGCAACUGCAGCAGGUUGAGCUUGGGUUGCGGCGUUUUCCUUUGGACCAAAGUGUGGUCGAUGGAACUCUCACUGCCCACUUUGCCGUUAACUAUGGAAUGCCGUAUAAGUACGUCGUGUCUGUGAAAUCUAAGGGCUUUGAUGAGGCCCCCAAGGUGAUUCUCCGUGCAUUGGGCCGUCUGAAAUGGGCGACGGAGAAAGCCUUGGACCGCGCCAGAGAUAUUGCUCGUGCUCCAAAUGAAAUGUUAGUUCUAGGGUAUUUUGAGGGCAUGAAAAUUGGAUAUCAUGAUGACGGCGAAAGCUCUCUUGGUCCUACAAUUGCGACCCUAUCACUGGGGGCUCAGUCUACCAUGCUAAUCCGAAUGAAGUCCGUAUACUUCAACGGUCGCAGUAAGAAUAACAUUUUCCUAGCCGAGGAUCCGGUUCUUCCGGGAUGUGCGUUCGAAAUAGAGCGUCAGAAUUUGAAAACUCGGAUGCACAAUAGAGACAUCACACAUGAGAUCUAUGACAAGGAACUAAAGGAGGUCCUGAAAGGCCAUAAGUGUUCUGUUGCAAAGCCCUGUAUAAAACUGCAGUUGAAUCACGGCGACCUUGUUGUGAUGCAUGGUGAAAACCUGCAGAAAUACUACGAGCACUCCGUUAUUCCAGAAAACAAAUUGCGAUUUGCGCUGACUGCGCGCCACAUCAAGGCAGACCACGUGGAUCCGAAGGACAUUCGUAAGGGAAACUUUACACUAUCGGGGGAUCAGGUUUACAAUGGACAUUAA